UGGCGGCCAGGCUAAUGCCAUUGUCCUGUGUGUCAUGCAGCUUGCCGGGAUUGCGGUCCUUGCUGUAGGACUAUGGCUCCGAUUCGACUCGCAGACCAAGAGCAUCUUCGAGCAAGAAAAUAAUAAUUCCAGCUUCUACACGGGAGUGUAUAUUCUGAUUGGAGCCGGCGCUCUCAUGAUGCUGGUGGGCUUCCUGGGCUGCUGUGGGGCCGUGCAGGAGUCCCAGUGCAUGCUGGGAUUGUUCUUUGGCUUCCUCCUGGUGAUAUUCGCCGUGGAAAUAGCUGCAGCCGUCUGGGGGUACUCCCACAAGGACGAGGUGAUUAAGGAACUCCAGGAGUUUUACAAGGACACCUACAACAAGCUCAAAAACAAGGACGAGCCCCAGCGGGAGACGCUGAAAGCCAUCCACUACGCGUUGAACUGCUGCGGUGUGCUUGGGGGAGUGGAACAGUUUAUCUCGGACAUCUGCCCCGAAAAGAACAACAUCGCCAGCAUCACAAUUAAGCCCUGCCCUCAAGCCAUCGAAGAGGUCUUCCAAAACAAAUUCCACAUCAUCGGCGCCGUGGGCAUCGGGAUCGCAGUGGUGAUGAUCUUCGGCAUGAUCUUCAGUAUGAUCCUGUGCUGCGCCAUUCGCAGGAGCCGAGAGAUGGUCUAGAGUCAGCUUCGCACCCCUGAGCAGGAGAAUUUACCCCUGAAGAUUGCUGGUUAUUUUCUCGGGGUUCUGUUUUUAUUUUUUUUGGUUUUCUUUGCCACUAAUUUUAGUAUUCAUUCUGCAUUUCUAAACAAAAAAAGUUAUUCUAUGUUUGUGUUUUUAAUGCUUUAUUCAAUAUUGAUAUUUGUAGUUAAGGGGUUUGGGGAUUUGGAUUUGCUCUGGUUUGUAUUUUUUUUCAUUGUUUAUUUUUGCUUAUUAUGUUAAGCAGAAUUCCUGCAAUGAAAGGUACUAUAUUUGCCAGACUCUAGACAAAAGAUAUUGUAUAUAAAGAGGGGUUUUUUUUGUCUUUAAAUAGAUAAAAAAAGUCUAUCAAAUUUAAUCAGAUUGUAACUUAUGUUAAAGACAAUUUGAUACAAAAUAAAAGAUUAUGACAAUA